AUGUGGUGUCGAGCUCUUGUCCGUUGUUCGUCGAAUCUGCGAUCAUCUCGCGCAACUUCCAAGUCGCUCUCGUGUCAAUCUUUCCGUCUCAACUCAUUAUUAAUACGUCUACGCACCUGCAGCGACAGCUCCCAGCAAUUCCAGAGCUACAGCCGCUUCUUUACCACUCAAAAUGAAGACGACAAUGACGCACUAAGUUCGCCUGCUACUACGAGUAACUCAAUUACUUCAGCCACGGACUAUUCGGGAGUUCCGGGUGUUGAAAGCCCUGGAGAUAAAUUUGUGAUGGUUUACACGUGUAGCGUGUGUGAGACACGCUCGGCCAAGACAAUCAGUAAACACGGUUAUUACAAGGGUGUGGUCUUAGUGCGUUGUCCAAAGUGCGAGAACCUGCAUUUAAUUGCUGAUAGAUUGGGCUGGUUUGAAGAUGACAGCACAGAUGUGGAGACUUUACUACAGCAAAAGAACGAGAAGGUCCGAUUCGUCACAGUUGACGACGUGUUUGAACUCACGGAGAACGACAUUCUUGGCAACAAGAGCUAA